CAAGCUUUUUAGAACAUGCCAUUCGAAUCCCAAUCAAGGAAGAUAAAGCUACCAUCAGAUACGAAUUGAAGCUGGGGGAAAAGUAAGGAGAGGUUUUGAAAAUGAUGUCAGGGUCGGCUUCAUGUUUCCCCAACGCAUCACAAGGUUUGCAAAUGUAUCCCGUAGCUGCAGAAGACAUUGUUUCAUCUUCCCUUGAAGCAGAUGGUUCAGGCCCAGGGGCUCAUUCAAGCUCUCUUGUCUAUUAUCUCUCCAUCCUGAAAGAUAAAGUUCAUCAGGUUCAAUCACUUGUUAGCGUCCUUAUCUCUCCAGAUCAAACCCACCCUGAGUCAACGUCUUUAGCCAUGGCAAGCAUGGGUUCUUUGGUUCAAGAAAUCAUUGUAACAGCGUCUUCCAUGACAUUCAUUUGCCAACAAAUGUCUCUUGGAACCACUUCAGGUAACAAUAGCACAACUGAUCAAUUGCACCAGCAGCAUGUUAGGGUAAUCCCUGAUAAUGGGAUAUCUCAACCACCAAACUUCACUAAUAAUUGUGUUGGUAACAUAGUUCAAGAAAGAUCAGGACAAGGGUUUUAUUCUAGUUCUGAAACUAUUAGCUGGUAUGGUGACCACUGCAAUAACUUUAACAACAACAAUAACAAUAGCAAUCGAAAUUUGCAAGUUAGAAAUGAUGAUAAGCUGGAAAGGAAAGAAUUGGCUAAAUUGACUCGAAGAAGCGAAAUUACUGAAGGGUCACAAGGGAUUUCAGCGAAGAAUUAUGAUAUAGUCGAAGUGGAUGCUGCGGACAUAUUAGCUAAAUACACACAUUACUGCCAAGUUUGCGGUAAAGGGUUCAAGCGAGACGCAAAUUUGCGAAUGCACAUGAGAGCUCAUGGUGAUGAAUACAAGACCACUGCUGCUUUGACUAACCCCAUGAAGAAUCACGAGGAAAGUACUACUGAGGUGGGAAACGGUUCGACGAAAUUGCUGCCUAAGAAAUAUUCAUGUCCUCAGGAAGGUUGUAGGUGGAACCAGAAACAUGCCAAGUUCCAACCACUGAAAUCCAUGAUUUGCGUGAAGAAUCACUACAAGAGGAGCCAUUGUCCGAAGAUGUAUGUCUGCAAGCGGUGUAACAGUAAGCAAUUCUCGGUGCUGUCGGAUCUCCGGACUCAUGAAAAGCACUGUGGUGAUCUCAAAUGGCAAUGUUCUUGCGGUACCACAUUUUCCAGGAAGGAUAAGCUUAUGGGUCACGUUGCCUUGUUCGUUGGGCACAGUCCAGUUGCCACUAAUUCUUUGAUAAAUCCCGGAAAGCUCGAACACCAAGCCACCACUAUGCAACUAGAUGACAGGUAA